AUGGUCCGUCAAAAUCUCGCCCAAUUUCGAUUUCAUUCUUCUCAAAAUAAGAGUUUUAUAUUUCGUUUUCUUCUAAGCCCUCACCCCGGCUUUUUAAAACCAUCUUUCUUAGCAAUCAUUCUUCCUCCGGCACAACAACUCACGAAACAUGUUUCUGCUGACAUUUUUCAUUUCUUCUUACAAAAUUCAUUUCCUCGUUUUUAUCUCCUUUCUCAGCUUGUUUGUUUGUUUGUUUCUUUCUUUCUAUGGAUGUUUGUAUCUACCUAUCUAUCUCUGUUUGUAUGUAUGCAUGUAUCUAUUUCUUUAUGUAUGUAUCUUUCUCUGUUUGCAUGUAUGUAUCUAUCUCUGUCCGAAACUAUCUAUCUCUGCAUCUUUGUUCGAAUCUAUCUAUCUGUCAAUCUAUCUCUGUUCGAAUCUAUCUAUCUGUCAAUCUAUCUCUGUUCGAAUCUAUCUAUCUGUCAAUCUAUCUCUGUUCGAAUCUAUCUGUCAAUCUAUCUCUGUUCGAAGCUAUCUGUCAAUCUAUCUCUGUUCGAAGCUAUCUAUCUAUCAAUCUAUCUCUGUUCGAAUCUACCUAUCUAUCAAUCUAUCUCUGUUCGAAUCUAUCUAUCUGUCAAUCUAUCUCUGUUCGAAUCUAUCUAUCAUUCUGUUCGUUUUUAUCUAUCAAUCUAUUUCUGUUCGUAUCUCUGUAUCUAUCUCUCACUCGGCCAGAAAAAUGAUGACAUCUAUCAUAUCGUUGGCUUCGUCUCGCUGAAGGACAAACGAAGUUAUCACGUGUCCAAAGAUCUAUCAUAUUUCAUAUCUAACGCAGACUGUUCAUCUCUAACUACGUCUGUUCAUUUCUAUCUAACUACGUCUGUUUCUUUCUAUCUAAAUCUGUUCAUUUCUAUCUAUUUAUCUAUCUAUCUAUCUAAGUCUCUAGCUAGCUAUCUAAAUCUGUUCUUUUCUAUCUAUCUAGCUAGCUAUCUAAGUCUGUUCAUUUCUGUCUAUCUGUCUGUUCAUUUCUAUCUAUCUAUCUAUCUGUUCAUUUCUAUCUAUCUAUCUAUCUAUUCAUUUCUAUCUAACUUCGUCUGUUCAUUUCUAUCUAUCUAUCUAUCUAUUCAUUUCUAUCUAACUUCGUCUGUUCAUUUCUAUCUAUCUAUCUAUCUAUUCAUUUCUAUCUAA